AUGAACCCACCCCACAACCUCUUUCGAAACCGAGCCCGACGUCUAUACCCGACAGACCCAGACCUCAACCCAGAACCAGAACCAGAACCAGAACCAGACCCAGCCCCAAUCGCGGUCCCACGCGCCGCCAGCGCCAGCGCCAUGUCCUCCACCCCAGACGCCCACCACGUCCGGCGACAGGCAGAAGACAGCGCCGUCAAAUCAACAGCAGCGGUCGGCGUGCCCGUCUCCGCAUCGUCGAAGUCCGGCUCCGGGUCCGGCGGCCUGCUGAUCGCGGCGGUCUGCAUCAUGCUCGUGCUGCUGCUUGGCAGUGCCGUUGGCUAUUUCUGUUUGCGGCGGCACUUUAAAAGGCAAAGAAGAGGCAUGCAACAGGCGCAGGCGGAGAUUCGGACUUUUGCGCUGGAUAGGGGGGCUGAUGCCCACGGUAAUGGGCAGGGACUGCUGCAGGGGCAGAGGGAGAGGGAGGGAGAGAGGGAGGGAGAGAGGGAGGGAGAGAGGGAGGGAGAGAGGGAGGGAGAGAGGGAGGGAGAGAGGGAGGGAGAGAGGGAGGGAGAGAGGGAGGGAGAGAGGGAGGGAGAGAGGGAGGGAGAGAGGGAGGGAGAGAGGGAGGGAGAGAGGAAGGGGGAGAGGGAGAGGGGAGGAGGUGCGGAUGGUGGUACGGUGGAUAGCAGGGAUAGGCGUCACAGGGUGUUUAGUUGGGAGAAGCAGCCGACGAGUUUCGAUGUUGUUGAGGUUCGGGAACAAGGGGUGGGAUCUGAGUUGCACGUGGCGAAUAGGGGAGCCGGGGGCGUCCGUCUUACAGUUGGGCUUCCUGCUUGA